UCUUACUGUAUUUUAAGUUUUAAAAAGAAUUUCAAGAAAAGAUGACGCUUAUCCUUGUAGUUGCAAUUUUGGGAAUGGCCUUCUGUCAAGCAGAAGCACAGGAAACAAACGAAUGUCCCAUUAAUCAGCAUUUUAGUGAUUGUGGAAGCCCCUGUGCUCUGACAUGCGCAAACUACAAAGCACCUCCUGAAGGAUGUUUCUUGAUGUGCAUAAUUGGAUGUCAGUGUGACGAAGGCUUUGUUCUGGAUGAAAAGAAUAAUGUAUGUGUGGAACCAGAAAAUUGUCCUGUCUCUUAAAGUAGAAUGUGGGGAAGAUGCCUGUACAAUGUAAUGUAUGUAUCAAUCUUCUGUAGAAUGUAUUCAAGAAUUUUCAAAUAAACUAAUGGAAAACGAUUUAUGGAGAUAAAAUAUUUAUUAUUGAUUUUUUGGUUCUUUUUAUUUGAUAUUUCAUCACAU